ACAACAAAAAACAGCUGCUGGCGAUUAACAGCUGAUACAUCUCUAAUAGUUUACCGGGUUUAAUUUUUUAUUACAUGAUUUCCAAUUCUGCAGUUUUAAAAAUAUAAGUUAAAAUGUUUAAUAGUAUACGACAAAUAAGUACUAAACAACUGCUAAACACAUAUAAAAUCAAUUUUUAUGAAAAAUGUUGCCAAAGCACAGCUGUGCGUUACAGCACACAACCUGCGUAUCAAAAUAUAUUUGAUAGGAAUGCAAAGCGUCUACAAAAGGAACGUGCUGCCCUAAACCCGGAUGUCGAACUGUAUGAUUACCUCAAAGAAGAGGUUGGUUUCCGUUUGGCGGAUCGUAUCAUCGACAUAAAACGUGAAUUUACAAAUGCCGCAGAUAUUGGUUGCAGUCGUGGCUUUCUCUCCAAGCACAUAAUGGCUGAAAGUGUGCAGCAUUUAACGCUUUGUGAUACGAGUCCUACAAUGCUGGCGCAAGCACAAGGCACACCAGGGCUAAAUAUAACGAAAUUAGAAGUUGACGAGGAGAAAUUGGAUUUUCCGGACAACUCAUUAGACUUAGUAAUAUCCAGUUUGAGUUUGCACUGGGUCAAUGAUCUACCAGGUUGUUUUACAAAAGUAAUGCGUAGCUUAAAACCGGAUGGUGUAUUUAUAGCAUCAUUGUUCGGUGGCGAUACAUUAUAUGAGCUACGCUCAUCACUACAAUUAGCUGAAAUCGAGCGUAAAGGUGGACUCGCGCCACAUAUUUCGCCAUUCACACAGAUUAGAGAUGUUGGCGCAUUGCUGAAUCGUGCUGGCUUCACCAUGCUAACCAUUGAUACCGAUGAAAUUGUCGUGGGUUAUCCCAGCAUGUUUGAGCUAAUGUGGGACCUUAAAGGCAUGGCAGAGAAUAAUGCAGCAUUCAAUAGGCCAGCGCAUAUAAGUCGCGAAACCAUGUUGGCUGCGAGUGCUAUUUAUAAGGAGUUGUACGCUAAAGAUGCUGGUGUGUCAGCGACAUUUCAAAUAAUCUACUUUGUCGGCUGGAAACCCGGUCCGAAUCAACCCAAACCGCUGGAGCGUGGCAGUGGUGAUGUUUCGCUAAAAGAUUUAGGCAAAAUUAUCGAAGCCGGUGGACCCAAGAAAACGUAAUAAAGUCGUGAUAUGGCUAAUUCAACAGCAUAUGUUGGCCAAUACGGCUAAUAAACUUUUUAAAGAAACACACACUUUUAUAUUAUAGCAAAUGCUGUCUUUAUUAUUGACUUUAGAAAUAAUAGUCUUUAAAUGUUAACGUAAUUAAGCAUAAUAUAAUACGUACUAUGUAUAUUUGUAGACGUACAUAUGCAUACAAAGUGUUGUAAUUUUUUCUUUUAUAAAGUGUUAUUUUUUGUUUUUGUUUUUCUCUUUGUUUGCUUUGAAGUUUUUGAAAAAAAAAAAAUAAACAUUAGCGAGUAUCACUUUGGUUGAAUAUGAA